AUGACUUUACAGGGUCAGGUCUCGACGGAUAUCAUCAGGGACGUCGUCGUGAUCUGUGCCUCUGGCAUGGAAGGCGAACCUGGGCGGGACUGUUCAUCAAGUACCCAGUCAUCAAGUCAAUUCAAUGAAAUUGAGUCACUUAUUACUGCAUAUACCAUUCGUGGACUGGAGUCAGAACUCUGGAAAGCUCGGGAGCAGCACGCUGGUAAAUCUGCUGCCUUGAAAAAGACUGUUCAGGAGCUGGAGUCCGCCCUCAGCCAGUCAAAGAAAUCCAAUGCAGGCCAAGUCGCGGAUCUUCAACAGAGGCUUCAACGCUUGCAAUCGACCGCUGCCUCCACCAAGGGCCAACACGAGACCGAAAUCAGUGGGUUCAAGGUUAUAAUUCGAUCUUUGGAAUCUGAUCUCGCCGCUGUGAAGGGAACGUACGAGGCUGAAAUUGCUGAUCUCAAGCAAUCACUCGCGACCGCCAAGUCUGAUCUUGAAAGUGAACAAGAGAAGUCUACAAAGGAGAUUGAGAAAAUCAAGGAGGAUUCCUCGUCCAAGGUUUCUGCUUUGGAAGCUCGCGCUGCAGAUGCUGAGCGGAAGGCAGCGGAGGCAGAGUCAAAGGCCUUGGACAAGUCGUCGAAGGACCUUCAAACAGCAAAUGAAGGGUUCUCUUCCAAGAUCUCUGCACUGGCAACUCGCGCAGCCGAGGCCGAACGUAAAGCAAAGGAAGCCGAGUCACACGCCCAGAGCGCUGCCGCAGCGCUCAAGGAAACCAAAGCCCAACUUGUGAAGGCUCAGACAGAAGUCAAAGACAAGGAAGAAGCUCGCCAGGCCACCCAAUCUGAAUUGGACGACUUAUUGAUCGUCUUUGGAGAUCUCGAGGCGAAGCGAACUGAGGAUAAGAAAACGCCUCAAGAGCCCGGCCAGGAAGUUUCUGAAGACGAGGAUGAGGACGAGGACGAAGAAUAG